GCGCCGCGCUCUCGGGUGCACCAGCGGACGGCAUCCGGGCCCCGCUCCUCAUUGGUCGUCACCUCGGCGGGGAGGGGCCGCCCCGAGCCCGGGGCACCUGGAGUCGCCUCUCCGCAGGGAAAUCGGCGGCUGCCGUGCACGGGCGCCCAGAGGUAGAGGCGUCCGGAGGGAAGGCCCCGGGCCGCGGCCGAGCUCCCCGCGAUCAGCUCUGCCUUGCCCGCCGCCCCGGCGCCGGUCACGCUCGGAUGCCCCCUGCGCCCUCCCCGCCAGGCGGAAACUUUGCCCCGCCAAGUCCCCCGCCCGGCUAACAGCGCCGAGAGGCACCUGGUCGAUCGCGCGCCCCGCCGGGGCCCCGAAACCCCGUGCGUGAUUGCGGGGGCCCCCCGGCGUCCGGCGCCCGCCGCGCCCCGCCGUGCGCGAGCGGCCGCCAGGAUGCGCUACGCGGACCCCUCUGCGAACCGGGAUUUGUUGGGGAACCGAACUUUGCUCUUCAUCUUCAUCUGCGCCUUCGCCUUGGUGACCUUGCUGCAACAGAUCUUGUACGGCAGAAACUACAUCAAGAGAGGCCUCCAGUUUGGCUGGCAGAGUGGCGACCCGCUGGCCAAUUGGACGGGGCUCUUUAAUGUCACGGACGACCCAGCAGUGCAGAGCGGCAGUGACUCCAGCUCCAGGUACUUUGAGUUUUACGAGGGCCCGUUUGAAUAUAACUCCACAAGAUGCCUGGAGCUGAGGCACGAAAUCUUGGAAGUGAAGGUGCUGUCCAUGGUGAAGCAGUCGGAGCUGUUCGACAGAUGGAAGAGCCUGCAGAUGUGCAGAUGGGCGAUGAAUAUCUCGGAAGCCAACCAGUUCAAGUCCACUCUGUCCAGGUGCUGCAAUGCUCCCUCCUUCCUCUUCACCACCCAGAAGAACACUCCCCUGGGGACAAAGCUCAAGUACGAAGUGGACACCAGUGGCAUCUACCACAUCAACCAGGAGAUCUUCCGCAUGUUUCCCAAGGACAUGCCCUACUACCGGUCUCAGUUUAAGAAGUGUGCAGUGGUGGGCAAUGGGGGGAUCCUGAAGAACAGCCGCUGUGGGAGGGAGAUCAACAGUGCCGACUUUGUCUUCCGGUGCAACCUACCCCCCAUCUCGGAGAAGUACACCAUGGAUGUGGGCGUGAAGACGGACGUGGUCACUGUGAACCCCAGCAUCAUCACAGAGAGGUUCCACAAGCUGGAGAAGUGGCGGCGGCCCUUCUACCGGGUGCUGCAGGUGUACGAGAACGCGUCGGUGCUGCUGCCUGCCUUCUACAACACGCGCAACACUGACGUGUCCAUCCGCGUCAAGUACGUGCUGGAUGACUUCGAGUCGCCGCAGGCCGUGUACUACUUCCAUCCGCAGUACCUGGUCAACGUGUCGCGCUAUUGGCUCAGCCUGGGGGUGCGCGCCAAGCGCAUUAGCACCGGCCUUAUCCUGGCCACGGCUGCCCUCGAGCUCUGCGAGGAGGUGCACCUGUUCGGCUUCUGGGCCUUCCCCAUGAACCCCUCGGGCCUCUACAUCACCCACCACUACUAUGACAACGUCAAGCCCCGCCCCGGCUUCCACGCCAUGCCCUCCGAGAUCUUCAACUUCCUGCACCUGCACAGCCGAGGCAUUUUGCGCGUGCACACAGGCACCUGCUCCUGCUGCUGAGGGCAGCGCGGGUUGGCCGGCCGGCCACCCGGCGAGCAGAAGCACGCACCUCCUUUCCCUUCUGCGCCGGGUGCUACUGGGGGCGCCUGGCAGUCAGGCGGUCACUACCUCCGGCGUUUGACUUCCUGCAUGGGUGGUGUGGACCCGGAGGCAGGGCUGGGGGUUCCCCCCAUGGAGCAGAGCUGGCUGCGUGCUAAGCUCCUUGGCCUCCGCGUGGGGCGGCGGGGGGGAGCAUGCUGCCGAGCCACACCCAGAGAUGGGGGGCCUGGGGGGAUUGCAAGUGAAUAAAGCACAUUUGCACUCAAUUUUAGCAUUCGGAAGAGCACACACUGCAGUGGCCUUGUCGCAGCUAAAGGAAGGCCCCCCAGGACUGAAACGAGGGAGACAGGACACGGGAGCACCGUCAAGAUUUAACUCACUUUUGGCUUCCAGGGUUUUAUCCUACGGCUUCAGCCGUGAACUGCAAUCUAGAAUUUCAGAGCUUACAGAUCAAUCCAGCAGCCAGACCUUCCCGUGAAGAUAGAGUGGCACAGGGAGGUCCAGCAUCUUAACCACAGUCACUCCAACGGAUUGGAGUCCCUCAAGCAACACCAUGAGAUCUAAUGCAAGCCCUAUGUCUUAGCAUCUCCGCUGCGACACCAUGAGCUGGGAGCCGCGCUCUUUCACACACGUCCUCAGGCGCACACACAGUCCCGGCCCCUCCCGGUCCCAUCCUGUGUGCGAUCUUCCCAUGAAAAGGACCAGCCGUUUGCACAAAGGUCUUCAAACCAAUGGUAUUGACUCAACCCAUGCUUCUCAAUCUGCUUCCUCUCCUGUCUCCUUAUUUUCAGCUCCGUUUUAACCAGGAGUUAUUUAUAAGAUCCCUUCCUCUUUCUGCUCCGGAAUCCUGCUACAUUGUGUUCCUGGCCGGGAACUGUCAGCUCCGGGCUGGAAAGCACAGAGAUGAAACCGAUGAGCUUUGCGGAUGGAAGUACGUCAUGGCCUCUGACACCAGCAUCACUGAGGGGCCCACGGGGAAGGCAGGACUUCCACAUCACGCAGCCUGGCCUUCGCACACAUGGACCCACAGAGCCUGUGCUUUGGAAGGUCAACUGGGCCUGGGCCGAAAGGGGUUAACAUGGCAUUUCACUUGUGAAGUUCAUUCCCAUUGCUUUCCCCAUGGUGUUUCCGCCAUCAGUGUGGUCCCACCUAAGAGACACCCUGGUGACUUGCUUUAGGACCUAGCUUCACGGACUCGUGCCGUGUUAGUUCUGGAGGGACUUCAGGCCCCUUCCUCCCACUCUCCCUCCCUCCUUUUUCCAGAAGCCUAUUUUGCUUGGGUCUGGGGGUGGGCUUGGGAAGACAGGGUGACGAAUAAAGGCAGAGUCGCUUUCUUCUAGGGAUGGCGGGCAGACCGUACACAGACCCCAGCCCAGCCUGGUAGGUGCCCUGAGGAGGGCGGGGAGCUGCGGGGUCUCAGCAGGGAGGGGGACCUGCCAUCCGAUGACUGUCUUUUAUAGGCAAAGCAGCAGGUCCUGCCAGUGAGAGACAGGGGCACACGCGUGCUCAGCUCCAGGCUCCCGGUCCAGGGCUCCGUCCUUGACAAAACCACUUCUGUUUCGUGUGGGUGGGUGGCCACACUCCAUGCACAGCACUGUUCAGGAUGGGACCUUCCACCUUUGUUCUGAGCCCUGGUCCUGACUUGGGCAGACCUCACGCUGUUUGUCUGUAGAGCGGGGAAGCAGCCAGCAGGACAACGUAGACCCUAGUGGACCAUGAGCUUGGAAAAACCAUGCGAGGGCAGUGGGUGACUAGGCUUUCUUGGACUCUGCCUGUUCCUCCAAGGAAGGUACUUCUGGGGAAGGUUCCGGGUGGCUGAGCUUUCCAGCCUCACAUUGUGGUUAAUGGAGCCCAGCUCUUCAGACGGUGGCAUGUCAGGACUGUGAGGCUCCUAAAGACCGUUUUGUCCCAUUUAACGAAACAGGUCUAGAAUGGGAACGUGGCCUGGGUCAAAUUGUGUCUGGGGCUCUACGGAAUGCUUGCUCUGGACAGAGCCUCCUGGCUAACACUUCUGUUCCAGGGAGGGCCGUGUUGGGGGCAGGAGCUGUGGCAAAUCAGGCAUCAGGGUUCCCACUGCCUGAGGGUGCCACGGGUUGGCGUCUGCCCCAGCAGGGCCCUCGUAGGAGCUGGGGAUGAAACGCCAUGAUCUACCCCACAGGGGAAUCAUGGUCUCAUUUCUGUAUGUGGGUUCUAGGGCAAGUCUCUUUCCUCCCCACAGAUCUCUUUCCUCAUCUCUGCAACUAGAGCCUUGGGAAAGAUCGCUAGGGUCUUUACAACCUCUCAUGGUUUUUUUUUUUUUUUUUUUUUUUUUUGUUUUUUGAGCUAUUCCUGAUAUAGGGCUCUGAGCCCCAAGUAGUAUUUAUUAUUAUAACAGCUAACAUGUAGUGUGCUCCCAUUCUGUGUCAGACCCAGCACGGAGCACCUUCUUUGCAGUUAUCUCCUGUGGUCACAAGACCCCUUUAGGUAAGAAGGCUCCCAUGGGACCAGUGAGGAGCGCCUGUGCCCCGACCUGUCUUAGCCGCUUCUUGGCCAGUGUCGCAAGGGCUGGAACAAGAGGGAUCCUGGUGGAGGUGCCACUGCAGGGCAGUACGGGGCCCUGCUCUGGGGACAAAUGCUCUGGGAAGGUGUCAUGGGUCCAGGAGGUCGUCUCUGCUUGGAGAUGUCCCCCACCACCAUGCACCUUGGCAGCACUCAGCCGCCCAUGGUCCAAUGGGUGCCAUCUGGGCACUGGAGGGAGGUGAGGUCAUCUCGGCAUCUUAUAGGUGAGGAGAGCUGCCCAGAAAGAGUACCCGGUAAGUGACAGCAUGUUGAGUGACUUGCCCAGGGCCCCAUGGCCAGCCAGUGCCUCAGGUGGGACUCACCCAGUGUCCCGACUUCCAGGCCAUGCUGAUUCUCCUGCAGUCCAUGUUUGUGGGGAAAACAUGGUUUCCAAAGGCUCACUGUUUCCUGGGCAUUGACUCAGGAUGCCCCCACUGUUUCCUGGGCAUUGACUCAGGACGCCCCCACCGUGUUCCUUGCAGCCCCAACACCAUCUGCAGUGCAGACUACCAGUUAAAUUCUUAUUUAAGGGAAAUCGAUUCCCCACAAAUAAAACAACCGUCAUGUCUUCUUUGUGCUCAACCCACUGCUCCGGGGUUGAGAGGCAGCAAAACCAAGUAAAUGACUCAGUGCUUAGCCAAGCAGAAGGGAAGGUGGCUCAAGGUCAGAGGCAGCCUUUGAGGCUUCACAGUGCUGCCGAGGCAACUUUGCCCGCUAAUCACCUGCUGCUGCAGAGAGCAGAGAGCCUGCGGCUUCUCCCCUCUGCCCAGUGGGGUAGGGGCCUGGGGACGCACCGCCUGCCAGGCCUGCCAGGUGAGGGAGAGCACAGGGCUGGUUUCAGCCAGGCCUUCAAGGAGGAAUUACAGAGCACUCACUUUGUGCCAGGACAUUGCCUCGGUGCCGGGGACCAGCGAUCCCGCCCUAGCCCCUGCCCUCCCGGGGCCCAAGAGCCCACCCGCUUCUCAGGAGCUGUGCUGGGAGCUGGCAAGUCUGGGCUCGGGGACAGUUAUCAGGGGGAGAGGACAGGGCAUGCCAGAGUUAUUGCCAAAGCAGCAGCUGCUUCUCAGGCCUCAUCCCUGACAUUAACAAGGCAGGUGACAGGGAUGGCCUCACUGUCCUUUCAAGUCCUCUCCUCCUGCGUUUCCUAACCUGAUGUUCCUCCUGUCUCUGAAUGCUCCUUCUCGGGCCCCUUUGUCGAUUCGCCUUCUGUGAGGCUUCCUCAAGUGGGGCUCUCUUCUCUCCGCAGGAGCGCUCCUGCAGAAAUCUCAUCUCUUCACGGCCUGUCUGUACGACUCCUGGGUCUCAGCCCCCUCCCUGGCAGGCGGGCUCUCCCUCCAAGCCUCGAGCCUCGGAAGCACAUUCACCAUGGCCUCUGAGCCUGCACUUGUAUCUCCAAACUCAUCAUGUCCUCAAGGGGGCAUUGUUGAAAGGACAACCUGGCUCCAAGUUUGCCUCUUACCAUGUACCAGCUGGGUGAGCUCGAGGGGGCUGCCGAAGUCCCUGGGGGCUCUGAUUCCUUCUCUGAGGGGCAAGGCCAGGAGACCAGCCUCUCCGGCUGUGCUGAGGGACAAGGGAAGUAUGGUCGGGCGAUGCCUAGCACAGAACCCAGCAUAGACUAGACACUCAGUGAGUGCAGCUUCUGCUGCUCCCCACCCUCCCCCAAUCCUCCCCCGGUGAACAGCUCUCCUGCACUCACCCCACAAACCUGAGCCACCCUAGGCUCUUCCUUCUCUUUCACCUUCCACGUCAGCUCGACUGCUGGGGAGCCGCACCCCACCAUGUCUGCCAUUGAAGGGCUGCCACCAGGGGAGGGGGUCUGGCUGGAAAUUCAGACGAGGGUCUUAGAUGAGAAAAGAGUGAAAGUCAAAAUCUGACACACAACCCAACUUCUGCACUUCCUAUAAAUAUGAAUAUAAAAUAUAAGCUGCUCCUACACUAGCCAUCAAAAAAAUAAUUGGGAAUCUGAAACAUUUAUGAAAUCUGUUUUGGCCUUGACACUAUCAGAUUUCUUUUUCUUUCUAUUUUUGAUUGGGAUAAAAUACAUAAGACAUUGAAUUUACCAUUUUAGCCAUUUUUAAGUGUACAGUCCAGUGGUGGUAAGGACGUCCACAUCGUUGUGCGACCAGUCUCCAGAAUACUUUUCAUGUCACAGAAAAGACUCCGCACCCAACAAAGGACGACUCUCAUUUCUCCUGCCCCAGCCCCUUGGCAACCACAGCUCUGCUUUCAAUCUCUGUGAAUUUGUCUAUUGUAGGUACUUCGUAUUAGUGGAAUCAUACGGUAUCUGUCUUUUUGUGACUGGUUUAUUUCAUAGAGAAUCAUUUAGGUAGGCACAAGCUGUUCUCAAAUGACAUUAACUGUUUUUAGUGUCCCUGUAAUAGAAUUCUGAUCUUCCUUUUUGUCUGGAGCAGCUGUCCUGGGCCCUUGGUCUGUCUGUCCCUGCUUAUGAUGAUCUUGGUGCCUUUGCGGAGGCUCAGAGCAGACCUGGUCUGCUUUGCUGGUGGUCUCUGCUGUCCUGGCCAGACAGUGUCCUCAGAGGCAGCAGUUCUGCCCACCUUUUUAAAGUCUUUAGAUAUUUUCCCCUGUGUAGUGUCUUCUGUUAAUAACCCCCACCCCACCUUUUUUUUUUUUUUCUUUUCAUUUCAAAAAAACCACGGAGAGGGAGAGCAAGAGAGAAAUAUACACUUUAGUCAGUGAUUUAGCUCUUGGCACAAAAGCCAGAAAUCAGUGACUGUCUUUCUUUCCAUUUGGGGGAUGGUUCCCUUGGCAACUAAGUAACUCAUUUCCUUCAACAAAAUAACUUGCUCAGCUUUGGGGUAAAAGUUUUAUUUCCUCCGGAAUUGUGGUUCUCAGCCUUGUGUGCAUAUACAAUCACCUGGGGAUCUUUAUAAAAUAGCCCCCUGACCCCCCAUGGACUUCACCCUCCCAGAGAGUCUGAUUCUGUUGGCUUAGGGAUAGGGCUUCCUAUCUUUAUUUAUUUUUUUUCAGAUUUUGUUUUUAUUUGAGAGAGAGAGUGAGAGAGAGCAGAACUGGGGGAAGGGUCCGAGGAAGAAGCAAUCUCCGGAAUGAGCAGGGAGCCCGAUGCAGGACUCGGUCCCAGGACCCUGGGAUCACUACCUGAGCUGAAGGUAGACGCUUAACUGACUCAGCCACUCAGGUCCUCUCUAUCUUUAUUUUUAAAAAUCUUCUUGACUCUUCUGCGCAGCAGUGAAGAUUCAUUGCCCUGAGGCAGAGGGGCUGCAGGUUGACAGCCCUUUGGGUCACCCGAGGAGCUUUGAGAAAUACACCUGCCACCCGCUGCCUGCCCCCAGAGGCUCUGAUCCAGUUGGUCUGAGGUAUGACCGAGGUCUUAGGGGCUUUCAAACUCUCCAGAUGAUUCUGAUACGCAGCCAGGGUUGAGAACCGCUAUUCUAGAGCAGCUGUUCUUGAACUUGAACCCGAGUCAGAGUCCGAAUCACUUGGAGAGCUCAGGGGCGGGUGCGGGGCGGGCUCCUGGGUCCCACCCUGGGGGUGGGGCCUUUCUGAGCCAGCUCCCAAGGGAUGGUGAUGCUGGUCCCUGGCCACUGCUUUAGACCUAACUAGCUUGACCCUGUUCUCCUACAUUUUUUCCUCAUUGGGGGUUGGGAAAAGCUGAUUCAAGCCAGUGGCUUCGUAAAGGUAUCAAAUAGCUUUUCUUUUUCCGAACAUUUUAAACACUGAAAUAAACAUGAAGAAAUAUUUUUAAAGUGAAGUCACAUAGAUUUCUUCUCCCAGGUUAGGAGGCUCAGAGUGUGCCGAAUUGAGAAUUUAUUUGUGCCUGGAAUUAGGAUGCAUUUGUGAUCAGAACUAAGGGGUUGAUGUCUCUGGAUCUGGGGACAACCAAAACUGUGACCAGUUUUAUGACCGGCGCUGGAAGCUGGGGAGGAUCUAUGCACCACCCUGCCCUCUCAGCACAGUUCCUGGGCCCCUGGGGGUGGAAGAUGGGCGCAGUGAUCUGUCCCCGCCCCAACCGCACCCAUGGAAAACAAGCAGGAAGGCAGUGAUGAGGAGACGUCCCAUAGAAAUGUCUGUGUGACCCAGGGACUAGGGGUCCCUCCCCAUUGCGUUAGGCUCUUCCUUCUCCAUCUGCCUUUGGAAAAGGCUCCAGUAGAAACCAGCUACCUAAUAUCUGCAUCCUGCCUCUGUCUCCUCCCUCCCAUGAGAGGCAAGUCCCCUGCCCCUUCCCUCUUCAGACGCCCACAAAGGUGUGGUCCCAGUGAGAACGUUCUCUGCACGGCAGCUCAGGAUCCCGCACUCAACUGCAAUGUUUACAAGACACCCUGAACACCUUGAAGACUUGUUAAGGGAGAAUAUGGCUACCAUCUUGCCGAAAUGAGGUCAAAGCACACCUCACUUCCCAGUACCCAAGCAAGCUCACUCAGCCCUUAGGUCGCUAGGGACUCAGAGGAAGGAAAAUUAAUUUUGAGCCCCUGAAAUAGAUGCUAUAAAAGCUCUGUAGUAAAGACCAAAUGCUUUGCUAACAGCAGAUCCCUCGUGUCGUCCACCUUAAUUUUAAAUUCAAUUCUAGGGAACCUGAUUCUGGUUUCUCAUAAUAAAGUGAACGAAAAGAAUGACAACAGGUGCUAGACCCAGCAAGAAGUGGCAGCUAAAAGCCCAACAGUAACGCAUUAAAAAGACCAAAUCUUUACAUCUCCGCAAACAGCAGUGAUCGGAGGCCAUUUAGUGGAGGGGCAGAUACAUUGCCACAACCCCGAGGGCAACAAAGCAUUUUCGAUCUGCUCGCCCUGUGAUGUCUGCAACCACACAGAGUGCAGGAAAAAACAGCAUUCACUGUACUGUGUUUCAGAAGGCGGAGAAGCCGCUCACCCAUUUUGGAAUUAGUUCCACCCCAAAACUUAAAACACCGUUGUAGAAAUCUUGGUGCUUCAAGGGUUAGCCCUCGGUCAUCUUAAGUUCACGUAGGUGCAAUAGUUCAUUUUCUGACAACAGAGGAUACAUGAGAUGGGCAAAGUCACUCCUUUGUUUUUAAGUACUGUUCACACCCAACGUGGGGCUUGAACUCACAACCCCGAGAUUGAGAGUCACGUGCUACACGGACUGAGCCAGCCAGGUGCCCCAAAGUCACUUCUUUGGACUCACGUGUUCCCUCUGACAUUUGCUUCCCCUUUCCCUAAGAACAAAAAGAUGAGAAGAGGGGGGGACGCACCCCUCGCAGCUCCCCUCCCCCUCCAAGGAAACUGCAGCGUGGUGGCUGAGGGGCUGCGGGGGAGCAGGGAAUUCUCCUUCUGCAUCUGUGCUUCCACCUGUGGUGACUUCCACCAGGUCCCAGGUCAUGCUGGGACCUGGGCAGGCUCUGCAGGGACCCAGCCUGGAUUUAUCUGUGAAUUUAAGAAUAUGAAUGACCCCUGCCUCCAAGAACCGCAUCCCGGCCCACACAGGUUUCUACUUUCCAAACACCUUCAUCACCCAUUUCUCACCAGGAUUGGCUGUGCUCCUAUGAGAAGGCUGGGGCAGUUAGGGGUGUCCCCACUUGACUGAAGCCAGGAAAGACGAUGAUUGCACACCCCAGGGCACUUGGGAUUGGCAGUGGAGUUCUGGUUCUGGGCGCCCAAGCUGCUGGAGUGGUGGAAGGGGUCCCUGCUUUAGCCUCUGGGGGCUUUUCUGCUUUCUUCCUUCUGAGCUGGUCAGGCUGGUUGGCAUCUGGUCCAGGCCUGGGCUGCACCCCCUGCCUCACGCAGUGUCCGGGUCUGGGGAGGGCUCUCUUGGGUAUUCAUUCCAGUGUCUGGGUCUGGGGAGGGCUCUCUUGGGUAUUCAUUCCUCUCUAGGUCCUGCACUCAGGGUACCCAGAGUCAGAACACUCGGUGGUUGUACCCAGUCGGCUGGAAGUGGAGACAGCUGUACUUGGCAGGGAGUCACCGAAAGCCACAGGCCUGAGCAAAGUGGGAUUGUGGAGGGAGUGGACAUCAGACCCAGUAAUCCAGCCCCUAGUGCUGUGGCUGUUUGGGAGGAGGCCAGGGGGAUCCCAAGCGACAGAUCCUACCAGCCCAGCCAGGAGCCAGCUCUCCCCUACCCUUCUUCAGCAGGACCCUUGGCGCUCACUGUGGCUGCCUUCCCUGAGCAUGUCCUUCUGCCCCAGGUUGCUUUGGGGGACAGCUGGUCCUCCCUGGGGCUCCCACACGUUGCACAAAUGUUUUAGGGAUACGACAGGGUCUUCUUGGUGGCCUGCAAAAUUUUCUUCCUGGGCCCAGUCACCUUUCCUUCAGAAAGCCAUACUUCUUCCAAUCUGUAUUGUUUGAACUGAAACAUAUGUGUAUGUAUUAUUUCUUUUUUAAACAACACUUCAUGUAAAUGAGCAUAGGUGGGGUGUUCAGUGUCACAGUUUGGAGUCAUUCUCCCACUCCCUUGCUCCCCAAAGGAAGCCAUGACAGACAAAGGAGGUCCACAGAGGAGCGGUGGAAACGUGGCUCCCUGCCUCGCAGCUGUGCACGGCGUCAGACAGGCUCCAGGUCAUUUUCCAGGAAGCCCUGCCUCGGGGCUCCCAUGAAGGCAGAGCAGUUUAUCCCUGAGGGGUGGCACCGACUCAACCCGCGCGGCCUACUGCGUGUGGAGACAAAGUGGCCACGGCCGUGACCUCCGUGUGCUUCUCGGCCCCACGCCUCCCACGCUGUCCUCUCUCAGGAGCCAAUCACAUUGGAUCGUGCUCCAGAAAGCCUUUCCCACUGCAGAAGAACCAGGAGACUGGAUGUCAUUUGCUGGGACAUGGGGACAGGCGAUCUGAGUGGAAUGGACUGCAGCUGAAAACCAUCCGGCCCUGGGUCUCCUGGCUUGUUCCCUCUGCUGCCCUGAUCACUGCGGAGAGAGGCGCCCUGUGCCGCCAGUGGAGUCAGGAAGCAGGGGAGCCCGGGCUGCAGCCCUCCCCUUCUCUUCAUGCAACCCGCGCUCCGGAGCGGGGCUCACACGCACCCCUGCAGCCCGCUGCCAGCAGUGUGCGGCUGUCCCCGAGGGAUCCGUGCGUGAUGACGGAUCUCUCCUGAGUAUAAUCAGGGUACUUCUUAUCUGUCACUGUGCUUGAAAGGCCCUCCAUUUCCACCUGAUAAAACCUGCCAGACAGUUCAUCCAGCAAAGGCUCUUUGGCCGGGCUCAGAGACCAGAGCCAGGCCAAGCCGGGUGCGAUGCAGCAGCGACACUCUGAAGGACACAGGAGGACCUGGAGAGGGGAACAUAGGCUCGAGUCAGAGGAGGGAGAGUCCAGGAGGGCUGGAGGGCUGCCGGAGCAGGCGGUGCCUCAGAUGGGCUCAGACCUGGAAGCCACAGAGAAGCCUACGGCUCUUCAAGCAAGGUCGCUGUCAGGGUCUAAAGUCACGUCAAAAGUCAUCUGAGCACUAAUUACCAUCUUAUAAACAUUUUUUAUAAAAGUUCUUUCCAUGCCAAUCUCCAUUGGUUUGUUUAAAAUAGGGAUAUAUAUGUAAAACGUAUAUACAGUUUUUAAAAUUCAUGCACAAACAGCCUGACCAAGGCUAGCCUGUAGAAAAGACUCCCCAGAUCUGCAUCUUGGGCAAGUCCAGAGCCUUCCUUGUGCUUUCCCAUCGGGGAAGACAACGUGCAAACUCCCAGAGCCUGACAUUUUCACGGUACCUCUGUCUUCAGACUCCUGCUGCUCCGCGUGAUUUGGUUUUCUAUCCCUUAACCAGCGUGGUACUAGACGUAGACCAUUCCUUGAUAUCAGUGAUCGGAUCAUGCAUCCCCAAGGAAUGCGGGAGGGGAGGGGAAAGGGAUGGAAAUCACUUCCGGAUAUGCAACCUCAAAUGCCCAGCCUCCUGGUGUGGACAGGCUGUGCCACCCCAGCCUCAGCCCACCUCUCUGGCCCCUCCUCUUCCAACCCUUCUGUGGCUGCCUGCCCCCAGCUCCUCAACUCCCUUCAGCAGAGGACGUAUCUCUGUGCAUUUGGUCUCCCACCAAGCCUGGAUCUCAGCUCACCUUUUACCUUCCUCUGAAUGAAUUGGAUGGAUGCUAGCUGCACGAUGUUUAGACGUUUCUUAUUACAAAUGUAAAAUACCAGACCCUCAAGCAAGCAACUGUGGGAUCCAGGGGUGCUGAGACCUGAGCACUGUGUUCUAGUCUAUCAUCGGAGGAAGCAAACCCAGGGCUCAGGGAAGCAGGAGUUUAGUAAAUGUUUUUGAAUGAAUGAAUGCAUGUAUCAGUAAGCUGGGGGAUGGAAGUUGAAUGGAGUUCAUUUAUUUAUUUAAUAAACAUUUAUCAAAGG